AUAUUAAAAAAAAGUCAUAUAAAUUAUAUAUAUUACCCCAUUUUUAAAUACAAUUAUAUUAUGGAUAAACCUGUAUCAUCAGAUAUUGUACUCAUUGCGGGUAAUUCUCAUCCAGAAUUGGCUAAUCUCAUUGCCAAUCGAUUAGGUGUUAAACAUGGAGGAUGCUCUGUAUAUCAUAAAUCAAAUCGUGAAACCAUGGUUGAAAUUGGAGAUUCUGUAAGGAGUAAAGAUCUUUAUAUUAUACAAACAGGAACAAAAGAUGUAAACAAUAAUAUAAUGGAGCUUCUGAUUAUGGCAUAUGCAUGUAAAACUUCUUCAGCAAAAAAUAUUGUUGGUGUCAUUCCAUAUUUACCUUAUUCAAAACAAUGCAAAAUGCGUAAACGAGGAUGUAUAGUUUCUAAAUUAUUAGCAAAAAUGCUUUGUAAAAGUGGUUUAACACAUAUAAUUACAAUGGAUUUGCAUCAAAAAGAAAUUCAAGGAUUUUUUGAUGUACCAGUGGAUAAUUUGCGAGCUAGUCCAUUUUUAUUGCAAUAUAUUCAAGAAUCUAUACCAGACUAUCACAAUUCAGUGAUAGUUGCAAGAAAUCCUGGUAGUGCAAAGAAAGCUACUAGUUAUGCAGAAAGAUUACGUCUGGGAAUAGCAGUAAUUCAUGGAGAACAACGUGAAGCAGAAUCAGACAUGAAUGAUGGACGUUAUUCUCCACCUGCAUUAGCUUCAAGAACAAUGGAAGUUGGUGUUGGUGUUCCAAUGCAUCCUGCUAAAGAAAAACCUCCAAUUAAUGUUGUGGGAGAUGUAGGUGGGCGUAUAGCUAUUAUGGUGGAUGAUAUGAUAGAUGAUGUUCAGUCUUAUGUAGCUGCAGCAGAAGUUCUUAAAGAAAGAGGAGCAUAUAAAAUUUAUGUUUUAGCUACACAUGGACUCUUAAGUUCUGAUGCUCCAAGAUUAAUAGAAGAAUCUCCAAUUGAUGAGGUUGUUGUUACAAAUACAGUUCCUCAUGAUGUUCAAAAAAUGCAGUGUCCAAAAAUAAAGACUGUUGAUAUCAGUAUUUUGCUGGCAGAGGCUAUUAGGCGUAUUCACAAUAAAGAGUCUAUGUCAUAUUUAUUUAAAAAUGUUACUUUAGAAGAUUAAAAACUAUGAUAAAAUAAUAC